AUGAGCAGUAAUGAAGAGCUGGUCAGGCAGAAGGAUGAGGCAGACGUGAAGAUUAGUAGUCUACAGAAGGAGCUGGAGGGCGAGCGUGCAAAGGCACUGGAAGAGAGGGAGAGCCUUCAGAAAGAGUUGGAGGCAGAGAGAGCCAAGGCGACUGCUGAGAGGGAGACCUUGAAGAAGGAGUUGGAGGCAGAGAAGGCCAAGGCAACUGUUGAAAGGGCGUCCCUGAAGAAGGAGUGGGAGGAAGAGAGGGCUAAGGCAGCCUCUGAAACGGCGACCCUGCAGAAGGAGCUAGACGAAGAGAGGGCGAAGGCAUCCUCUGAAAGGGCAGCUUAUCCCGAUCUGUAUGUGGCAGCAGCGGAUCAAUUCAAGGGGUCUGUUGAAUUUCAGAUGGCCGUGGAUGCUGCGGUCGCCAACAGUUUGGCGAGGAAGGAGUCUGGGGGGUCAGGCCCAUCGAGAAUGACCACUGGGGGUAGAACUGAAGCGGAAGUGAUUGAGAGCUUCUAG